AUGGAGUACCAUGCACCAGCAGCGCAGCACAUGGUGCUCUGCGCCGAUUGCGGUACACCCAUCACACCCAAUAACGCCAACCUCUGUCUUUCGUGUUUGAGAAACUCGGUCGACAUCACCGAGUCGGUGCCCAAGCAGGCCACUGUCAACUUCUGCCGAAACUGCGAGAGGUAUCUCAACCCGCCCAACUCGUGGGUGCCUGCACGUCUCGAGUCAAGAGAGCUACUCGCCAUCUGUCUCAAGAAACUCAAAGGUCUCAACAAGGUGCGACUCAUCGACGCUGGUUUCAUCUGGACCGAACCGCACAGCAAGCGUCUGCGCGUCAAGCUUACCGUGCAGAAGGAGGUGUUCACAUCCACGAUCCUGCAGCAGAUCUUUGAAGUCGAGUUUGUUGUACAGUAUGGUCAGUGCCCGGACUGCACCCGUGUUGCCGCUAAGAACACAUGGCGCGCCAUGGUCCAGGUGCGACAAAAGGUGCAGCACAAACGCACCUUCCUCUACCUCGAGCAGCUCAUCCUCAAGCACAAUGCGCAUCAGAACACCAUCUCGAUCAACGAAACCAAGGACGGUCUUGACUUCUUCUACACGCAGCGUUCACACGCUGUCAAGAUGGUCGAGUUUCUCAACUCGGUCGUGCCCAUCAAGACGACCAAAUCCGAACAGGUCAUCUCGAUGGACGUGCACACCUCGACCACAAAUUACAAAUUCACGUACAGUGUCGAGAUCGCGCCUAUCUGCAAAGACGAUUUGGUCUGCUUGCCGCCCAAGAUGGCCAAGCAACUGGGCAACAUUGGCCAGCUCGUGCUCUGCCACAAGGUGACCAACUCGUUGCGAUUCAUCGACCCUAUCAGUCUGCAGAUUGCCGAAGUGCCCGCGGAAAAGUACUGGAGGGAUCCGCAACCCGCCUUGGCCACCAUUCCAGAGAUGAUCGAGUUCCUCGUGCUCGACAUUGAACCAACGGGACGCUAUGCUACCAACACGCACGGUGUGCAGAACCGACGUCUCGAAGAGGCCGAUGCGCAGGUCUCACCGCUCAACGCCACGUCGUUUGGUGAAGCGGAUGCCGUCUACCACACGCGCACACAUCUUGGCGCCAUCUUGCAGCCCGGUGACACGGUCAUGGGCUACCACCUGCGGAUCGCCAACUUCAACUCGGCCACAUGGGAUACCAUUCCCUCGGACCGCAUGCCGGACGUGGUGCUCGUCAAGAAGUCAUACCCGGAGCGCAAGAAGCGCUCCAAGAAUCGCAUGUGGAAGCUCAAGUCGAUGGCCAAGGAGGCCGAAGACCCAUCCGCGGAGGGAGCGGUGGGUCGCGGUGCAGUGGGGCGACGCGGUGGGUUGGAUUCGCAGCGUGUCGAGCGCGACUAUGAGUUGUUCCUGCGCGAGCUGGAGGAGGAUGACGAGAUGCGUGGCACAGUCAACUUGUACAGGGAUGCCAAGAAGGAGGAGGAUAGGCGGCUGAGGAAGGAGCGUGCGGCGCAGCUCAAGGCCGAGCGCGAGGCGGCGUUGGCUAGUGGAGGUAUGGAGGAGGACGUCGACUUCGACGAUGGAAUGACGACCGACGGUGAGAGCGAGUGGGGCGAUGAUGACGCGCCGCGCGUGGGGAUGGAUGAGUUGCUGGAUGACAUGGAGGACAUGGCGAUUGAGGAUUGA